AUGUUUGUCCAUCGCCCCAGUCUACAUGGCACUGCUCGCCGCGCCCUUCACGUGCGAUCUACACCCAAGUUAGCGCCCGCGCCCGUUCUCUUCGGAACCCGCCGUCAUCUCGCCACUGCCCAGUCAGCCAACGAUUUCUCUAUCACCCAUCUGAACAAGACCUUCCCCUACCGUUGGCUGCGCGACUCCUGCCAAUGCACGAGCUGUGUGCAUCCGACCACACUCCAGAAGCUACAUCGCACUUCGGACAUCCCUCGUGAUAUUGCGCCCAAAUCGGAUGGCGUGCACACCGAUCAGGACCAACUGCGCAUCGAGUGGCCGGAUGGCCAUGUCUCUUCCUACUCAAACGACUUCCUGUCGCGCUACUCGUCUCCCUCUGAGCUUGCACAGUUUCAUCGGGAUGCGAAACGCGAAGCCUGGGACGUGUCUACCUUCGACGCGGCUCCGAACAAGAUCGUGUCAUGGAAGAAGAUGCAGAACGAACGCGGCUUACUUGACGCCGUCGACCACCUCGAACGAUACGGUCUUCUCAUCGUAACCGAUCUACCAAACGCGGACACGACCAACGAGGGCGCGGCCUCGAGGAAGCUGGCGGACACCUUCUCGCGGCUCAAGACGACUUUCUACGGCGAGACGUGGAACGUGAAGAACAUCAUCAACAGCCGUAACAUCGCAUACACAAACCUGUAUCUGGGCUUCCAUACAGAUCUUCAAUACUUUGAGGCACCUCCGCGCUUCCAGAUUCUGCACUGCAUACGCAAUCGUGUCAAGGGCGGCACAUCCCUCUUCACCGACGCACUAGCUGCGGCUGAGACGCUUCGACGCACGGACCCCGCCGCUUUCGCGCUCUUAGCGUCCGUACCCGUGCCCUUCCAUUAUGUCAACGACGGACAUCAUCUUCACCGCACACAUACUACCAUCGAGCUCGCCCGAGUUCCCGAUGCGCGUACAGGCCGUUUUGAGAUCGCGCAUGUGAACUACUCUCCACCAUUCCAGGCGCCGCUCCCGCCAGACACACCGCCAAUGUUCUUCGACGCGCUCGGACGGUUCGCUGCUCUUCUCGAGCGUGAUGAUGCAGUGUACCGGUACACGCUGCGCGAGACGGAUGCAGUCGUGUUUGACAACCGCCGUGUGCUUCAUGCUCGCACUGCGUUCACGGACGCGGAGGACGUUGAUGGGGGAGAGGGCGUAAAUCGCUGGCUGCAGGGAUGCUAUUUCGAUGCGGACUCUUUGAUGGAUCGUGGCAGAGUCUUGCGCGAGAAAGCUGCGAAUGGAGAUAUAUGA